GCAGAGCUCGCGCCCAAGACACUCUCUCGUGCGUGCGUCUCCCUCUUUAUCUCUCUCUCUCUCUCCACAUAUACGACAGCACCAUGGAGACGCUCCCUAUGUCAAUGGAUCGGGAUUCCCUGAUACAGUUACUUUCGGAAAUUGAUACUGUGUUGUUAGACUGUGAUGGCGUCCUAUGGCAGGGAGCCCAGGGCAUGGACGUCAUCCCUCGCUCUCGCGAAGCCCUGGAACGCCUCAAGCAGAUGGGCAAGAGAAUAUUCCUUAUCACCAACAAUUCCACCAAAACCCAGGACCACUACUUUGCAAAGUGCCGACAGCUUGGAUUCAACGUGGAAAAGGACCACAUCCUGAGUUCCCCGUACAUCGCAGCUCAAUACCUCAAGGAAAUUGGCUUCAGCAAGAAGGCUUACAUCGUAGGCUCUCCCGGCCUCGCAGAGGAAAUUCAGAAAGUCGGAAUUACUACCGUUGGUACUGGUCCUGAAACGAUUGAGGGCCCCCUGUACAAUGCCGUAGUUGAAGGAAAGUUAGGCCUUGACCCUGGGGUUGGGGCCGUGGUCGUCGGCUUCGACAGAGACUUCAACUACGACAAGCUCCUCCGGGCCACAUGUUACCUCAAGGACCCAGAGUGCUUGUUCAUAGCUACGAAUACUGAUGAGAAGUACAUAGUGCAGGGAACCAAUUAUCACUUGCCAGCUGCUGGAGUCAUAGUGAGUGCCAUUGAGGCAGCCUCAGAGCGCCCAGCACGCGUCAUGGGCAAGCCUUCGCUCAACAUCUUCCACAUGCUACAAGCUCGUUUCAACCUCCAGCCUGAGAAGACGCUGCUCUUCGGGGACACACUACACACAGACAUUCUGUUUGGCAAUGAGAGCGGCAUGUGGAGCAUUUUGGUCCUGAGUGGGGUCUCGACCCUCAUGGAAGCCCGCGAGCUGCCCCAAAACCCCCAGAAGCAGAAGCAGCUGCCACUCUUCUAUCUACAGUCCCUGGGUGAUAUCCUGACCCUCAUGGACGAGCAAGUGAAUGGGGGGGUGAAUGAGCAACAGAACUAGGCAGCAGGACUGAGGCGACAGGACUGAGGCGACAGGAUUGAGGCGACAGGACUGAGGCAACAGGACUAGGCGACAGGAUUGAGGCGACAGGACUGAGGCGACAGGACUGAGGCGACAGGACUGAGACAACAGGACUGAGACAACAGGACUGAGGCAACAGGACUGAGGCAACAGGACUGAGGUAACAGGACUGAGGUAACAGGACUGAGGCGACAGGACUGAGGCGACAGGACUGAGGCGACAGGACUGAGGCACCAGGACUGAGACAACAGGACUGAGACAACAGGACUGAGGCAACAGGACUGAGGUAACAGGACUUAGGCAACAGGACUGAGGCAACAGGACUGAGGCAACAGGACUGAGGCAACAGGACUGAGGCAACAGGACUGAGGCAACAGAACUGAGGCAACAGGACUAGGCAACAGGACUGAGGCGACAAACUUCUGAUUACUUAGAGAAGGAGUCGGAUGUGACAGAGUAGAUGGUAUUUUUAGUUUGAUUUACAGUUGAAAUAAACGAUGAUACAUACUGUCAUUGGCAAGUUUAUUAUCGUUAUUAUUGUUUUUACCAUUUCUAAUAUUGUAAGUGAGUCUGUUUUAAUCUUUGGUCGUUAUUCACAUAUAAACAAGCAUUAGGGUCUAUGUGUUUGAUUGCCUUUCUUUUUUAUUAUGUAUACAUGUGUAGUAUGAUGGUCUAUGUAAGCUUGUUUUGAGGAAACACUUUUAUUAGCCAGUUGUUUAGACCAACAUAUAUUUGCCGUAGCUUUGCAAGGUAUGAUUAUUUAUAUUCUUCAUUGCUUGGAUGACAGACAGUAGUGACUUUUUGUAUUGAUUUUACAGGAAUUGAUAGCAUAUGUAGUGAGUGAUAGAGCUUUUUUAUAGUAUGUUAGGUAAUUUAGGUUUGCUAUGUGUACAUAUUCACACAAAACGGCAUAUUCAUGCUUUCAAAGAUAUGCAAAAUCUUACCUUCUUCCAUAGCCUUUACUUUAUAUUAAAGUAUUCUAUGAAACUGUAGAUUUUGUAAUAUUUUGUAUGCUCGCAAGCAUUUAUAUACAUGUUAUUUUGUUUAUUAAAGAUUAUUAUUGUUCAGUGAUUCAUGGUUCUGCAAGGUAAUGUUAAUUAUAUGUCCUGCAGAUUUACCUUAUUGUUAAUCAUAGUAAAUCAAUUUGCAUAAAUUGCAUCUGGCGACCAAAAUAUAGCACUUCACUCUAUUGGUAA